AUAGGCAGUCACUACUUGUAACUCAGUUUUAUUUAUAGCACAUUUUAAAAAUAACCACAGCUGAAAGAAAUCACUGUGCAUACAUAAAGCUUGACCACAAAACAUGAGACAAUGGGACAAAAUAUAGUGAAAAACAACAAUGACAGAUAUGAUAAAUAAAUAAAAAAAGAGAGACUAAAAGGCUGUAAUCUGGUGCUGCAACAUGGAGUAAAAAUAGGUUUUCCAAGAGUUUUCUUUUUUUUUUUAAUGGACAGCAAAGUUAUUCAUCUAAUGUGCACUUUGAGGUCACUCAAUAGUUUGGUACCAGCCAAAGAAAAAACAACAAUACUCUAAAACGGGAAGCAUUCGGGAUGAGUCAAAUUUUUUGCACCCUUAACAUGAGAACCAGAGGUCCCCGACCUUUUGUAAACCGAGAGUUGCUUCUUGGGUACUGAUUAAUACAAAGGGCUACCAGUUUGAAAUGGCUUCUCAACACAUUUUGUGAAUGCACUGAUCAUAUACAUGCACUGUGCAAAUCUCUGCCAGUGUUCACAUUUACAAAUGAUCACUUUGACAACAUUCCUUGAAAAUGACAAUAUCCCAUAAUGAGUCAUUUUCCAGAACAGGUCUGUGGCCUCCUCAUGGGUGCUACUUGGUACCUGUAGGCACCACUUUCGUCCUCUAAUUCUCUCAAUGUUAUACUUUAUAGUAAGGUGUACUUACUGUGUCCAAUGAGUAUAAGUAUCCGUAGCACUGAGUCAAGGUCUCUCAUACUCUUUGUUGAAGCUUCUGCACUUCAGUGGGAUACGCAUCUAUUAAAAAAUAUUAGCAGUGGUGGUGGCAGCACACAUAAGACUAAUAAGGAAGAAUCAAAGACAAGAACCACUGGAAUUCUCAACCCAACAUUAUGUCUCCACCUGGGUGAUGUUCUCCUGUUCACUGUCACCCCUCGUUACUAUCCUCAAUAUGAUAUGUAAGUGACUGACACCGUGGGACGGGCCUCUUUGCAAAAUCAAGCUUGAUUCUUUAUCUUCAUUGUUUGUUAGUGACAACCUGUACAACACAAACAGUGACUUUGACUGGGGUACAUUGAGAAGACUAAAAGAGGAGCUCAGUCUGUCGUGGACACCUCCCAGCUUCUUUUCCGUUAUCUUUAACCAGGCUGGAGUGCAUGUUUUUAGACUAAACAGCCAUCACUAUAAACGUAUGGUAAGCGAAUGUGGCGUGGAAUUGCGUGUUUGGUUGUUGUUAUAUGACAGAAACAAUGCAAUAGGCACAGUGCAGCGGUCUUGUCGUGAGCGCAUCUGCCUCACAAUUAUGAGUCGUGUGCAUUCAAUCUUGGGUUUUGAGUUUGUAUGUUCUCCCCAUGCUUGCCGCCAGUUCUAAUGAUUUGCCCUCCACUGUUAUCCCUCACCAGUAUGUGCGGGUGAUGCCUGCGGGUGGCCAGUGUUACGACCCGGGGCCCUUCUUCGCAACGACUCCACGUCACAUGACCAGAUUGGGCAUCAGGAGGAGAAGAAACCUCUUGCUCCGUCCCGACUGGCUGGUGACAGGAGGACUUCUGUUUGGAGCUGUGCUCAUCUUGUGUUUAUGCGUCACAGUCAUGAUCCUUUUCCACGAGUAUGGUUGGCCAGAGAAGAAGCCAAUCAGAGCACAGUAUCACUCGCGGCAGAGGGCCUAUCACAUGGAGGAUUAUGCAUCAAAGGGUUCAAGGCUGAUCUCACAAAUGAAGAUUCACAGAAAACCACAAGGGACAAUGACGCUGAGCUCCUUUCAACAUGAUUCGUCAGAGGAGUUCUGGGACUAUGAGCACCAGGUGGACCUGGAAGCCUUCAGCAGCAACACUUUCUACAACCUGCUGCUCAAACACAGCGUGUCAGUCACUGCUCGUCUGGGGCAGCUCACCACUGAGGUCAAGGAGCUUUACCAGUGUGUUCUUGAGAAACUACAUCUGCUUCACCCUUGUCUGGUUGAAGACGAUACCCAGGGAGAUAUUCACGACAAGAUGAAGAGAGAGGUGGAGAAGGAGGUGGUCCGCAGGAGGUCUUUGGCUGCACAGCUGAGGACGCUGCUCCACAGUCAGCUUCAGGUUCUGAGGCGAGAGCAGCAGGCGCAGCAGAAGGUCCACAGCGUGUUCACAGCUCAAGUGCGAGAAUGCACCAGAAUACUGGGCAAGGUCCAUCAGAUAUCUCAUGCACCGGACCAUCAAAAUUUGAUCCAGCGGUUGAGGUCCUUGGUUGGUGAGAUGGGGGGAGUGGUGUCAGCAGAAUGCCAGCGCCAGGGGUCCUGGGGGCUCUUAGGCGAAGGCACAGGGGCUAAAUUGCUCUGUCCCGACAGUGGCACAGUGAUGCACAAAGGCAACAUCUUUGGUUCUGAUGGGUCCCUUCAGGAUGGUUGCCCAGCUCAUUAUGACGCAGCCUCAGGCCUCAUUAGACCAAACGCUCACAGUCAGAUGCUUCUGGGCGAUGGUCACAUUGUAGCGAUUCCUUCUGAUUUUUUCUUGCAUCCGCAAACCGGCCGGGUUCUUCCCAUCCUUGGGAACGUUGCCUACGACCCCAAAAGCUCCACUUUGGUGUUCACGACUGACUCGUGUGCAGGGGACAACAGGAAAUGGGAAAGUCCUCUUAUUCCUUUCAUUCCAUACCCAACCUCAUCCCACUCAGACCAAGCUCUGCCCAGCAUCCGGCUGCGAGGCCUCCGACCGGGCCAAAAACUGCAGCUAAGUGCCCCAAUGGCAGAUGCAGACACUGGGGUUCCGGUGCCUGUUCUAGCUGUUACAAUCCACCCACAAACUGGUCAGGUCUACCCACUGGGAAGGACGUAUUUGUGCCCCAUCACACGUUUGUUGCAACCCGUCCAGAUCGGCUAUCCAAUGCUGGAUCCCAAGUCAGGAAACAUUGUGCUAACCGUUGGCAUCAGUCUAGAUCCAAUGACAGGUGUGGUGCUACCAGUAGGGGGAGUCCUGCUGGGCGAGUCCUUUAUCGAGCCCCUAAGUGGGAAGAUGGCGAGAGUGGGAGGUGCGAGCAUUCAAGAUGGGCAGUUGGUGCCUCAUGCUGGAGGAUACCAGACUCUUUUAGACAACAAGGUUCUGGGAGUCAUGUUCAAAAUAGUGGAGCUCCUGAGGGCCAUGAGUGAGGAGAGUGGGUUGGAAACACUUUUGCAGGGAGGUGAGCAAGGACGUUACUGGCAAGAUCGUAUCGGUGCAGCAGCCCUCGAGCUCCAUCGGCACUGGAGCACGAGUCAGCAUUGCCAGCUGCAGCUCCAGACCAGGCUGGAAAUCAUGCUGGACACCAUGGUGGGUCUGCAUCAGAAUGGAGGCUCCCUAGGAGAGUUGGCUCUGUCGGGCUUGGACAGACCAGUACCCGCCUUGUUGGGUAUGGAAUAUCCUGACCCAAUGGGAUCGGGUCUCAUCGUACCUGUGUUGGGGUGCCGGGUUGACCUUGUCUCAGGGAGAACAGUGGGACUGGCGGGGACUAUGGAGGAUCCAGAUGGGAAUGGUUUGGUGGCAAUCCGUUAUGGCUCUCAGGCUGUUGACCCUGUAACAGCUGCCGUGGCACCAGUGGUUGGCGCCAGGCUGGAUGCGCUCACCAACACAGUCGUACCCGUCACAGCCUCUUACUGGCUGGCUGAGGCCGAUCAAACGGACAGCACGCAGGUGGAGGCUCUAAAGAAAGAGAUGAGCGCGCGGAACACUUAUUGGCAGCAGCAGAGGCGACGGGAAGAGGACGUCCUCUCUGGUGCCGACUCAACUGUGUUUCGGUGUUUUCUCAGGUUGACGGAAGCUGGCUGCCAUCAGGAGGUCCAGUGGUCAGGCAAGCGGCUGAGGGAGGCCGCUGUGGAAUUGCACCAUAUAGCGCAGGCGGAGGCCCAGAGGAGAGCGGCCCAGCGCGCCACUUUGGUUCUGAUGCUUCCUCUGCAUGUCGUGAACAUCCUCAGCCUGGUCGAUGAAGAAGAAUGGGAUCAGCACUGCGUUUGGUACACUGAGUUGGUGUCGGCCCUCGACAUGGUGGAUGUGUGCAUGCAGAAGCUCCAACAAGAGCAGGACAGGGAGACAAGGCUGGGAGAAAUGUGGGAGCAAUGUUCUUCCAGAUUAUCAGAUUUGGAUGUUGCCCUCAUUAAGUUGCAUUUAGUCCGACACCUUUCCAACCUGCGGGGUGACACAGCUCAGGCAGUUUUGUGUGGAAACUUCUGGUACAAGGAAUAUGGCCUGAUCCGGUUCUGUCAGCCCAAACCGUCUGGGAACCUUGCAAGUUUGCUCCAGUGGAAGCUCUUACCGCUAUUGGAAAGAAUGAACCAACAAUUUGCGGCUGAUAAACAACAAGCCACUCUCAAUGCUAGCGGCAGUCAUCAGUGGACUUUUGGGAUUGAUUUGCAGCCAGAUAGAGACAAGAGCCCUACCAGAUUUGUGGGCGUCAUGGAAAGUCAGUGGAAAUGUGAGGGAGAGUUGAUCCCAGUAAACCUAUCAACCCUCAACCCCAGAGAAUUUCGAAUGUACCAGCAUGGACUUUUUCUCAUCCAUACCUUGCAUGCUCUGCAAUUGGUUCCAAGUGUUUCGCUCCAACUAGCUGUGAGUCUUCCCAAUAACAACUACCACAACAAUGCCUUCAGGAAUUCGUUCUUCUAUCAGGAAGCAGAUGAGACACUCUUUGUCCGGCGGCAGAGGCUACAGUCUGCGGGAGACUUUUUGCUGCUUCUGCUUCACUGUUUGUCCCAUGUCGCAAUCAAAAACAUGAGCAACGAUUCUGCCCCUGCUUUUGGGAGCCUCUUCUAUAAGGUACUGCAGGCAUCUCUUGGGGAGCUCUUCCAGGCUAAACUGGGCCUGGAUUCCACAGCACACGAAGUUCAUAAGUCAUUUCGAGAUGACGAAUCUGCUUGGGGUCAGUCGAAGUCUUUCAGUCUACUUCACUGUGGGGAAUCCUCCGGACUCUCUCAACACGACAUUGAGGAUCUUGAGAGGAAAAACAGCGAAACGUCACUGCUCCCCCAACUUGAAGGAGUUUUAAGAAAAAGAAACACAGUGACAGAAGGGGACCGAAAGCAUUCUUUCUAAGGCAAGGAACCAUAUUGAUUAAUUUAAACGGAACUUUAUCUUUAAGGCUGUUGUGUGAUUACUCGCAGCCAAGCAACAAAAUGUCAUGAAAACAAAACAACAAAACAAAUGUGUUGUACUGAUGUAUCCUUAUUAAAAAUAGUGUUAGAAUUAAAGUCCCUCUAAUGUGAUAAUAAAUACUGUAUGUCUAGUAAACUUGACGGUUGGAACAGGUGUCUGGUGUGUUAUGUGACAGAAGAGUCUCUGCUUGCAUGAAGGGCAAAGUUUAUAAAACAGUGGUGAGGCCAGCCAUGAUGUACAGAUUAGCGAUAGUGGCACUGAAGAGACAACAGAAAGCAGAACUGAAGGUGGCAGAAAUGAAGAUGUUGAGGUUCUCGCUCGGUGACCAGGUUGGGUAGAAUGAGAAAUGAGCUCCUUAGAGCGACAGCCAAAGUUGGAUGUUUUGGAGACAAGGUUCGAGAGAACAGACUUCGAUGGUUUGGACAUGUUCAGAGGCGAGAGAGUGAGUAUAUUGGUAGAAGGAUGCUGAGGAUGGAGCUGCCAGGCAAACGAGUGAGAGGAAGACCAAAGAAAAGGUUGAUGGAUGUUGUGAGGGAAGACAUGAAGACACUGGGCGUUAGAGAGGAAGAUGCACGAAAUAGGCGUAGAUCAAGGGAGCCCAGACUUUCUUACCCCUAAGAUGUACUUUUCAAGCAGCCAGCUUCUCGCGAGCUA